AUGAUACGGUCUGUUGCCAAAAUAGGCAAGCCCAUUCGGUCGCGGAUGGAUGGCGAGGGCGAUGUGUGGUGCUGGGGGGAGGACGAAUGGGAGCUGGAGGCCGCGGGGGGCGCCUGGGCGCGAAUGCCGGAGGUGCUACGUCGCCUGUAUUACACGCCGGUUUGUCCCGGGACCGGUGCGGCGGAUGGCAGCGGUGGAGGGAAAAGCGCUGGCGGGCAGCAGCAGCAGCGGCAGCAGCAGCAGGGGGGGGCCAUGGACACGAGCCGGGGGUUUCCCCACCGCCAGAGCGGCGGCGGGGCGUACUUUGGGGCGCUGUACUCCACCAGCAACAAGCGGAGAAGGGUGUACGACGAAGAUCCGACUGUGUCCCCCGACGACUUGGAUCUAGAGAUGGAGGUCGACGACCACGAGCACGACGCCGACUACCUGCCGCCGUACGGUGCGGGCGGUAGCAGCCGGCGCAGCAGCGGAUUCGGCAGCGGCCGCCGCUGGAGUGUGAAUGGCGGCGGCUCCGCCGGUACGGUCACCGCAAAGCGUCAGCGCAGCGGCGACGCAACCAACCUCAAUUACCUGUACCAACAACACCAUAACGGCGCCUUGUAUCGGCAGCAGCAAUAUACGUUUCAGUACAGCGACGCGACUCCAACGACUGCGGUAGCGAAACGGCGAAUCCUAGUGAGCUAUGGCCCGCCAGGCUGGGGCUCCGGAACCAGCAUUGAAAUGGCUGGCGGCGGCGGCGCCGCCGCUGUGACGGCGAAGGGGGGCCUCCAGGCCACAGCCGCCGCCCGUUGCGGCGGCGGCGGCGAUGGCAUUCCCGCGGGCCUGGCGGGGCUCCUUGAGGCGGCACUUGGGCACGACGCCGUCGACUUCGACACGACCGGCAGCGGCGGCGGCGGCGACGGUGGGAUCGUACAAGUAGCGGGCGCUGAUGGCGAUGACGUCACACGGCCGGGCUCCGAGGUGAAGGUGGAAGCAGAGCUGGGCUCGGACGCUGCAGGCGUUUCUGCGGCGGCGGCGGCGAUUGGCCGGCUUCUGGGGCAGGGAGGGGACACGACGGCGGCGCCAACUGCUGUACCGUUGCCGCCGCCGGGAGACCCCCAUGGGGCCCAUGUGGCAUUGUCCGACAGCAGUGCCCGCGCCCAGCGGUGCAGACAAGGGCAAGCACGACCGCCGUCGCGGCGAGGCCCGGCGGAGAACCGGCGGCGGCGGCGGCCAACGUCCACGGCACGUCGGCAAGCGGUUGUACCGCGGGUACGGGUACGGCUACGGACCCUCAUCGGCCGUCAGUCGUACGAUCCCGGGGAGCUGAGGCUCAAGAUCACGUUGGCGGGGCGCAGAUGUUUGUCUGGCGGCAGCGGCGACCAGGGGCCUGAAGAUGAGGUUCUAAACCCCGGUGGAGCUCGCGACGCUGGCAGCGGCGGCGGCGGCAGCGGCGGCUGGAAGGAGUGGCAGGGCGUUUACGGAGACGUGCAUGGCGGCGGCAGCGUUGCGGAUUCGGGACCGGGAGCGGGACUGGCGCGGGCUGGUGCCGCCGCCACUGCCCCCGGUUUCAGGGAAAUGAACAUCGCAGCGGCCUGUCAGGUUAUGGCAUGUCCCGGGGGCUCCAUCUUCACCUCCUUACCUGCCACUGCCGCCGCCGCCGCCGCUGCUGCGAUACCUACCGGUCUCGACGGGGCUGCGGCCGCAACCAAGCCGUACAGCACCCCAGCAGGCGCUGGCUCAGGCAGCGGCUGUUGCGUCAUGGAGGCCAUCGGGGCCUUACUGCACGACAAGCAGCCCGCCAUGCAGCAGCUUGCGAUGCGCGCACAGUUGGAGCUGGACAGCAUCGGCGUAAUCGUAUCCUAUCAGCGCCUGCUGUCAGGUCGCGGAGGCGGCAAUAGCGCUGUGCGGUCGGGCUCCUUAACGGCGGUGGAGUCGUCGUCGCCGCCGCCGUCAUGCGAUUCGGUGAUCUCCAACUUACCCACCGUGGAUGUGGUGGUCAGUCUCUUCAGCGCCAGGACCUCCUUUGGGAGCGCUCAACAGGCCCUGGCGGACCUCGUGGCCCCCGUGCGGCCCCAGUGUCGUCGCAUCCACGCAGCCCAGGUGCUGCAUGACGGGGCGGGCGGUUUAGCGCAGUCGGGAAAUCUGCGGUGUGAAGCCGGUGAAGGGGUGCACGCACGCAGCUGCCCAGCGGCAGCGGCGAUGUCCACGCGGGGGGGGGAAGGAAAACGCACAUUCAACCCCCGGAGUCACGGCACUGCCGUGUCAGCGGCUGCGAAGCGCGAUUGUAAUUGUAGCGCCUGGUGCCGCCACAUGCUCCUGACGCCCUCCCCCCCACUUGCACUCGCGUUUCGCGGGUUGUACGGCAAGCCGGCCGCGGCUUUGGUGAAAAAAAUCGACUUUGGUGGAAUUUCUAGGCGCCACAUCAAACGGGAUUGUUUUUACGGGGCGGUGACGGCGCGCCGCGUGGUGCGAGUCCCGGGAAAGGGAGAUUCCCUCCUGCUGGAUGUCCUCUUGUGUUUGUUGGAGGCACACGUGUUGGGGUGCUGGUUGAUGGCGUGCGAACGGGGGUUGUACGGUAUGUGUGGGGACUGCUCGGAGCCGGAGCCAAGAAGAGGGGGGGGGAGUGCGUUUUUCUCGGCUGGAGGGGUAUGUAUUGGAUAUUUGCUUAGGGUUUGCACCUGCAUUAUGAUUCAUUUCGGCGCCGCCGUACUGUGGGAGGCCCGAUUGUCACACCGGCACGGCACAGCGGUCAGGGUGUCUAAUUCUGUGUUGUGGUUCAGCGAGGCAGCCGUUGCAGCAUAUAUCGCAUGA